GAAAAAUAGGGUUUCUGAUUCAGACAUCUGAUUCGUCUUCUACCCAAUUCAAUCUUCGUCGCCAAUAUGCCGCAAAGACACUCGAAGAACAACAAUGACCUUGCGUAUUUCACUUACGACGAGAAGAAGAAGUUAGGUUAUGGAACUCAAAGAGAGAGAUUGGGGAAAGACUCGAUUAAGCCCUUUGAUGCUUGUUCUCUCUGCUUGAAGCCUUUCAUUGAUCCGAUGUGUUGCCAUAAAGGUCAUGUCUUUUGCAGAGAGUGUAUCCUCGAAUGUUUCCUUGCUCAGAAGAAAGAUAUUCAAAGGAGGCUUGCUGCACAUACGUCUCAAAAGAAGCAAGAUAAGGAUGAAGAAGAAGAGAGGCUAAUGUUACAAAAGGCGAGAGAGCUCGACGAAUUUGAUCAGCAAAACCAUAGUGCAAUGCCUCGAAACAGUGAUAAGAACCACAACGAUGACAAGAAUGGUUUUCAUGGGGCGAACAGUGUGAAGACGACUUCCUUUGAAGAAGAAGCGCUUAAGACGAUGAAAGCCUUCUGGCUCCCAUCAGCUACACCAGCAGCUUCAGUCAGAGUAGAUGCUCCAGAAACUCACACAGUUUGUCCAGAGGGCAAAGAGAAGCUCAAGCUUAAGAACCUCUUUGCAAUUCGUUUCACGGAAGACAACAGCGAAGAAGAAGAGAACAAGCCGAAAUCAGCAUCAUCAAGCUCUUAUGACAAAUCCUACAUCUGCCCGAGCUGCAAAGUCACUCUCACCAACACAAUGUCCCUCGUGGCACUUAGCUCAUGCGGACAUGUUUUCUGCAAGAAGUGUGCUGAAAAGUUUAUGCCUGUCGACAAAGUCUGUCUUGUGUGUGACAAGCCUUGCAAGGACAGGAACUUGGUUGGGUUAAAGAAAGGAGGCACAGGUUUCGCUGAGCACGACGAUCAUCUUGAGGCUAAGGAGUACAAGCAUUUGGGUAGUGGCUCUGGUUUGGGGCUUGUGAGGCCGGUUAAGACAUGAUGUAACCACAACAAAUGUUCUGUAUACAUUACACUCCUUAUGGCCUGUAUCCUUUGCUACUACAACUAAGAGACACUGCUUUCUCUAUUUUGGCUCUUGAUUUUGUCCUUUUAAUCAGAUCCUAUUUGACAAUAUCUGUGUUCCUUCCCUAUACAGAGAAAAGUCCAGUGCUUUUAACUGA